AUGAACAAAAUCUCGCGCACAAAGAAAGCACUUCAUCAGCACGUGUUACCCUUGUUGUUCCAAGACAAAGCGAGCGUUCGACGAAACCACGUGGUGGUGGUGUUUUUGCUGCUCGCGGGUGUGUGUGUCCUCCUCUCGACCACAAAACUCGCCGCUUUGAACAACAACGGUAUGAGCGAAGAUUUGAACGAGGUGUGCAAGAAAAGUGUACCUUCUUGGAGCGCGAAGGAUGCGCUGGAUGCGAGCGAAAGUAUCGAACGAAAGAUUCGAACGAGAUUAGCAUCAGAGAGCAUGAAUGCCAACGAAGAGGAAGAAGGAUUUACGAUUUUGUUGAACACGUUUAAGAGGCGAGAUUUGUUGCGACGCUCGUUGCGACACUACGCCAAGUGCAAAGAUUCCGGCCGGGCGACGGUGAAAGAGAUUCGGGUCGUGUGGUCGGAGCAAGUUUCGGUGCCGUCUGCGCGUGAAGGCGACGACGAGAAGGCGUAUUUUUUGGACCGACCGGAGUUUGUGAGGUACGAUAAACACGUCGGGUCGACGUCGAUUCAAAAUAGGUUUGAAAAGAUUGACGAUUUGAAAACGGAGGCGGUGUUUCACGUGGACGACGACGUUCGGAUUCCGUGCGGAAAGUUGCAAAAAGGGUUUCGGGAAUGGCAGAGGAAUAGGGAAGGUUUAGUCGGGUAUUUUGGGCGCAUGCACAAGUUAGAAAAUAGGAACGGAGGCGUGGAUGGUACGUGUAAAAUGCGAUACGCGUGGAACGAUGUCGAGUUGUUUUUCACGAGCGCGAAGAGGUACUCCAUCGCGUUGACGAAAGCUGCGUUUUCGCACGCGAAGUAUUUAGAAUUGUACAGUUCGGAACAUUUACCAGACGGGGUGAGAGAGUACAUCGACGCGAGGAAAAAUUGCGAAGAUAUCGCGAUGCAAAUGUUAGUUUCGUCCGUGGUGAGCGAGAAGAAUAAGAGAGAAGAAGAUGGGAGUUUGAAGAAAAAAAAAGGACGACAUCGAGCCGCCGUGACGGUAUCUUCCGGUUGGAUGCAUUACGUUGCCGGUAAAAUAGACUCCGUGUUUGUCGAUGGCAUUUCGAGUGGGCAAGGUCACCACGACGAACGGUCCGGGUGCGUGACGGAUUUCUCGAGGAUGUUUGGUGGAGGCUCGCCUUUAGACGUGUAA